CGCACCUCAUGGCCAAAUCAUCGGACAGCGAGUGGUCUGGCUCGGACAGCGACGGCGGCAGCGACGACUCGGGCUCAGAGUGGUCCGGCUCGGAGAGCGACGAGGCGCCAAAGAAGAAGCGCGGCGGAGCCAAGAGGCCUGCGCCACCCAAGCGCUCGGCACGUCCGAAGGAGGACAAGGCGCUGCAGCGGGCCAUCGCGGCGAGCCUCGAGCCUUGCAAGAGUGGCGAAGGCGGCGGGAGCAGCUCCACCGCCGGGCCGUCCGACCAGGCGCCUUCGCGGCCAGAGGGGUGGCGCGAGGCGCCCAAGAACCACACGGGCAACUACUCGGUCGAGUACGCGAAGACGGGGCGCGCAAAGUGCGGCGUGUGCGGCGAGCUCAUCCCGCACCGCUCGCUCCGCAUCGGCCUCGAGGUCGAGGAGAGCGGCUGGGGCGUCAUCACUCGCUGGCAGCACCUCGACUGCACGCGCCUCCCGUCCGCCUUCUGCGAGGCGCCGCUCGGCCAAGGGGCGAGCUGCUGCUCUCCGGCGCGCCUCGCGGCGCUCGCCGACGAGAGCGAGCUGACCGGCCUCGACGAGCUCCUCACCGAGGCGGACACGGCGCGCGUGCGCGAGAUGCUGGCGGCGACGAGCCCAGUCGCCGCCCUCUGCGAGGUCGAGGUCGACAAAGAGGUUGAGGCGUCCGCGUCGCUCUGGACGACGCAGCGCGAGCCGCCCGCGACGCUCACCGCGCAGAUGCUGCCGUACCAAAAGGAGGGGCUCGGCUGGCUGUGCGCGCAGGAGGAGGGCCCGAUCGGCGGAGGCACCCUCGCCGGCGAGAUGGGCAUGGGCAAGACGCUGCAGGCCAUCUCGCUCCUCCUCGAGCGGCGGUCCACUGAUUGGGUGGCCGGCACGGCGGCCGCCGCGGACGCGCCGGCGCGCAAGGGCAAGGGCAAGGCGCCGAUGAGCGCCACCGCCAUCGCCGCGCCGGCGCCGACGCCGGAAGACGUGGCGGAGGCGGCCGUGCGCCAGAAGCUGGUGCGGGGCGGCACCCUCGUCGUCGUGCCGGUCAUCGCGCUCAAGCAGUGGGAGGCCGAGAUCAAGCGCUGGACCGCCGCCGGCACGCUGACGGUCUGCUCGUACCACGGCCCGAAGCGCGAGUCGCUGCCAGACGUCCUCGCCCGCUACGACGUGGUGCUCACGACGUACAACACGGUCGAGUACGACUUCCGCAUCGCGCAGGCCGAGCUGCAGGUCAAGUGCGCCUACUGCAGCCGCAAGUUCAAGAACGACCAGAAGCUCGCCUUCCACCACAAGUGGUUCUGCGGGCCCACCGCGAAGCGCUCGAGCGCGCAGAGCAAGACGCGGAAGCGGAAGAAGCGCAGCUCGCUUGCGAGCAUGAUGCUCGGCGAGGGCGAGCAGGAGGAGAGCGACGAGGAGGAGAGCGACGAGGAGGAGGACGACGACGACGAGGAAGAGGACGACGACGACGACAACGGCAAGCGGCAGCGCGGCGCGGGCGGUGCCGCCAAGGCGGCCAAGGGGGCCAAGGGCUCCAAGGCGGUGGCCAAGGCCGGCGCCAAGGGCGCCAAGGCGGCAGCAACGGGCAACAGGGCCAAGGCCAAGGCGGUGGCCAAGGACGCGCCCACGAAGGGCGGCGCCAAGGGCGAAGACGUCGAGAUGGUUGUCAUGCCUGGCAAUGGCGGCAAGGGCGGCAAGGGCGGCGCGGGCAAGGGCGACGCCAAGAAGAAGAAGAUGCCGGCGAAGAAGGGCAGCGGCGGCGGCGGCGGCGGCGGCGGCGGGGACGACGACGACGAGGAUGAGGAGGGCGAGGAGGGCGAGGGCGGCGGCGGCGGCGGCGACGACGACGAGCUCGAGGCCAAGAACGUGCGAGCGCAGCGGGCCAAGGAGCGGCGCGAGAAGCUCGAGCGGGUGGCGCAAAAGUCGACGCUGCACCGCUUGCACUGGUUCCGGAUCAUUCUCGACGAGGCGCUGCCGAGCACCUUUCCACGCCGCGGGUCUUUCUCGGCGGACCGGCGCUGCUCGACCGCACAGAGCAUGAUGGCGCUACACGCACAGCACCGCUGGUGCCUCUCGGGCACGCCGCUGCAGAACCGCGUCGGCGAGCUCUACUCGCUGGUCGCGUUCCUCCGGCUCGAGCCGCACGCCUACUACUUUUGCAAGGCGCCCGGCUGCAACUGCAAGUGCCGCGAGUACCGGUUCGACGCCAACUACUCCAAGUGCGAGUACUGCGGCCACGGGCCGGUGCAGCACUACUCGCGCUUCAACCGCGACGUCGUCAACCCGAUCCGCAAGUAUGGCUACAUCGGCGCCGGCCGCAACGCGUUUGUGACGCUCAAGCGCGAGGUGUUCGACAAGAGCCUGCUGCGGCGCACCAAGGAGGGGCGCGCGCAGGAGAUGGUUCUCCCGCCCAAGCUCAUCACGCUCGAGGCCAACUUCCUCGACGACACGGAGAUGGACUUUUACCAGGCCAUCUACACGCAGUCGCAGGCCGAGUUUGGCGCCUACGUCCAGGCCGGCACCCUGCUCAACAACUACGCGCACAUCUUCGACCUGCUGACGCGGCUCCGCCAGUCGGUCGACCACCCGUACCUCGUGAUGCACUCCAAGCGCGCCAUCGAGGAGGGGGGCGGCGGGGCGGCGGCCACGCCGUCGGCACCCAUCUGCAACCUCUGCUACGAGGACGCCACCGACCCGGUCGCGUCGAGCCCGUGCGGCCACGCCUUCUGCCGCGAGUGCAUCCGGCAGUACGUCGACAGCUGCCCGGCGGGCGCGCCGCUCACGUGCGCCUCCUGCUCGCUGCCUCUGUCCGUCGACCUCAACGACGCCCCGCCCGCCGCCGGCUCCCCCGAGGCGGACGGCGCCAGCCGCGCGCGCCGCGGCAUCACGCCAGAGGAGCCGCUCACGCAGGGCGGCGGCGGCGGCGGCGGCGGCGGCGGCGGCGGCGUGCGGCUCAAGGGCAUCCUCGGCCGGCUGGACAUGGCCCAGUUCCGCUCGAGCACGAAGAUGGAGGCGCUGAUGGAGGAGCUGCACGCGAUGAGCGAGGCUGACCCGGCGGCCAAGGCGAUCGUCUUUUCGCAGUUCGUCUCGUUCCUCGACCUGCUCGAGUACCGGAUCCAGCGCGCGGGCAUCAAGGUGGUCAAGCUCAACGGCGGGAUGAGCGUCGCGGCGCGCGAGGGGGUGCUCAACUCCUUCAAGGACGACUUCGGCACAAAGGUGAUCCUCAUCUCCCUCAAGGCGGGCGGCGUCGCCCUCAACCUGACCGUCGCGUCCCACAUCUACCUGAUGGACCCGUGGUGGAACCCUGCCGCCGAGUACCAAGCCAUCGACCGCGCCCACCGCCUCGGCCAACACAAGCCCAUCCGCGCGGUUCGGUUUGUCGUGCGCAACACCGUGGAGGAGCGCAUCAUUCGCCUGCAGGACAAGAAGCGGCUCGUCUUCGAGGGCACCGUCGGCGGAGACAUCGGCUCGCUCUCGCAGCUCUCGGAGGACGACUUGCGCUUCCUGUUCCAAAACUGACGCCGGCCGGCGCGAGACGUGGCGACGUCGGCCGCGGUGACGGAUUCGGGGGUGGGGGUAGCGCAUGCUGGGCGCGAGCCUUGUGCAUCGCUGCAUGCUGUGCAAGCUGGGCUUGCGCAAAAGUACACUCUGGCGAAUUAGAGAGAUUUGGAGUACGUGGGGGGAGCGAGAGCGCGCUGCGUGAGUCAGAGUCUACUCUGAGUAAUUGUAACUGACGAGUUUGAGGUGAGUUUG